AUGACGGCGACGAAACGUGUGUUGGAUUCUCAAGAGGGUCCCGCUAGGAAGCAGCGCGGUGCCGCUGUGCAUCCUCGUGUGUCGCUGUGCGUGUGUGCCGCAGCGGUCGUGGGGAACUGUCAGAACUUGGAGCAGAUCACGCACAAAGUGUACGAAUUGGCGCGUGCUGCGUCGAUGUACAACGUGCGGGAAGUCGUGGUGCUGUCACUGGACCCACCCAGAACUGCGGGGACCUCGAAGGGUGAGAAGUUGAGCGACUCGAUGCUCGUCGCUACGUUGUUGCAGUACUUCGUCACGCCGCCGUACCUCGUGCGCAGCGUGUUCAAGAAACGGUUCCAUAAGUACUUCCAGCACGCUGAGAAGUUGCCCCGGUUGGCACAGUUGCCCUUCAUGAGGCAGGAUACACCACGAGAGGGGAAGUCCCGGUACAGGGAAGGUGUGAGUGUUGCGAUGGAGCGGCCCGCGAAGAUGAGCAAGCAAAAACAGUUCCAACAGACGAAGUACGUGAACGUUGGGGCCUCUGAGUUACUAGAACUGCGUGCACAGUUGGUACCGUUGAACGUGAGGGUCACCGUGGACGUUGUCGAACACAAGAUUGUGUCCCCGGCGGAGGCGUAUGGUGACCAUGUUGGAGCUGAGGCCGCGUUUGGCUACCAUGUCCGUGUAGCAGACACGCUCGUGGACUUGUUCCUGAAGAGUCCCUGCAACUACGUACAGACACUGUGGUGUGCCGCGGAGGAGUACUGGCAGGGCCAGGGGAGGCACCACUCUAGUCACGGAUCACCAACCGCUGUGUCAGCGGCCGGUAUUGUGCGCGAGGGAGACCUUCUGUUGAUUGUGGGCAAAUGGGACCACCUCCGUGCGAGUCUUGCCCGUGGACAGGACCAAUUGGCCGAGGGCGAGGGCGAGGAAGCAGAGACACCGGCAGUGUCAUCCCCUGGACAGUUACUCGACGGGGAACUUCUUUUGCCCGCAGCGGUGAUGCGUGGGAACAUGCCCACUGCAGAUGCCACUCUUGCUGCCUUGACCCGCCUGGAGUGCAUGCUGGAGAGGGAGUAG